GCUUGAGCCGCUGGAUCGCCAGUUGACCGAAGGACACUGCUCUGUUCGCGCGCCAAUGGUCAAUCAAGCGCCAAUGCAGCGCGCCUUGCCGACUUCCUUCGCCGAAAGGUAUCCACCACAGCGCCGGCACCGUCAUCGGAUGCGCCGCAGCCAACGAGCAGUCCAACGCCCGAGCAGGGUGGCGAUGGCAAUUGUCUUCACAUGAUGGGUGCAUGAGCUUGAGGGUGGUAGAGCACGGCCAAGGGUCUCCAUGCUCGUUGGUUUUGCAUUAGCUUGCGCCAGACGGAUCGACAGAUCAAGCGCGAGAGCUGAGCGAGUGAGCUACGAAUGUGUUCAAGGUGGCAAGUCACGGUCGAGUGGCGACUCGCAACCGCACUCGCGAUGGCCAAGUUUCACUUCUUGAGCCUCGUCGUUCCCCCAAGCAUCUUCUCUCUUCCACACACUUUGACCAUUCUCUCGUCAAGUGAAACGCUGGUCGCUCUCCUUGAUUCAUUUUCAACUUCAUCUUUGCAGCAUCCUCGUCAGGUGGUCAACCAGCUAUGAAAGCUCGCAGCGAAGCGCGGGGCGGCUCUGACAGCCCAUCGCCAAUCAGCAAGCAACGGCGCUGGUUCAGAAGAACAGUCUUGACGGGGCUCUAUGCUUCUUUGCUUCCGCUUAUUUUGUUCACUCUGU